AUGGCUGUGUCUAUACAUAAUAAUAUAGUGUCUGGUCCGGAAGAAAGGGCAAUUCCGGCUCAUUUAUCCUUUGGCCAAUUUGUUUUUGACAAACUAAAAAAUGGAGGCAACAAAAUCGCCCAGAUUUGUGCCGAAACAGGCAACUCUGUCACUUAUAGAACUAUCCUUCAAAACAGUGUUAAAUUGGCCGUUGCACUUCAAGAGCUAGGGUUGAAAAAAGGGGAUGUAGUUGCACUCAGCAGUGAAAAUCGCUUUGAGUUCACUGUUGCCUCACUCGCUGUUAUUUACUGUGGUGGAGUUUUAUCCACUCUUAAUGUUACUUACUCUCCUGGUGAGAUAAGCCAUAUAUUCCAAAUAACAAAACCAAAGUUUAUUUUUACAUCACCAAUCACUGCACAAAAUAUCUACGACUGUAGUAAAGACUUACCGCAUGUAGAGAAAAUUAUUCUCUUUGGAGAGUAUGAUGUUGUACCAGCUGUCUUCUAUAAUGAUUUGAUGAAGAAACAAGUUAAUAUUUAUGAUUUUACACUUGUCGAUGUGAAUGGAAAGGAGGACACGGUUGCUGUGAUGUGUUCCUCGGGGACUACGGGGUUACCGAAAGGUGUCAUGCUUACACACGUUAAUUUUCUCACUUUAUGUGCACAUAUGAAAUACUAUUUAGAAACUUCACAGGAAAAGAAAAAACAUAAAGUGUUAACUGGCUUAUCUCUCAUACCUUGGUUCCAUGCGUAUGGAUUUAUUACAACACUAGCUAUCAUGUGCUUAAAUAUUGAAAUUGUUUUCUUAGUAAGAUUUGAGGAAGAACAAUUUUUGGAAACCAUACAAAAAUAUAAGAUCAACAUGACUACAAUUGUGCCACCACUUGCUGUGUUUCUGGCAAAGCAUCCUCUAGUACCCAAAUAUGACUUAACCUCUCUUAAUGAAGUAUGGUGUGGGGCAGCACCAUUGUCUAGCGAAAUACAACUUGUAGUUUCUAAAAGAACCGGAAUCAACUCUAUUAGACAAGGUUAUGGCCUUACUGAGGUAACAAUGGCUUGCUGUGUUGACUUGACUGAUGGGGCAAAAGUAGGCUCAUGUGGUACUCCUGCACCUGGUAUGAAAAUUAAGGUCUUGGAUAUAGAGAGUGGUGCAAAACUGGGUCCCCGUCAAGAGGGUGAGGUAUGGAUCAAAUCUCCUUUAGCCAUGAAGGGCUACAUGGGAGAUAAAGCUGCUAGUGAUGCCCUUGUAGACAAAGAAGGGUACAUACAGACAGGCGAUAUUGGUUACUAUGAUGAAGAUGGAUUUUUCUACAUCGUGGACAGAUUAAAAGAACUCAUCAAAUAUAAAGGAUUCCAGGUGGCGCCUGCGGAGCUAGAGGCUCUACUGCUGAGACACUCCCUCGUGGCGGAGGUGGGCGUGGUGGGGCGGCCCGACGAGCUGGCCGGCGAGCUGCCCGUCGCCUUCGUGGUGCCGCAGCCUGGCACCUCACCCACGGAGCACGAGCUGGUCGCCUACGUCGCUGCUAACGUGUCACCCGCAAAACACUUACGCGGUGGUGUGAUAUUGGUGGACGAAAUACCAAAGAAUCCAUCUGGCAAGAUUUUGAGAAGAGAAUUGAGAAAAAUAUUGUCAGCACAGGUAAAGAGCAAAUUGUAAAAUCUCUUACAAUACUAAAUUAAAUACAUUUUUUAUUUUCAUGACGACCACACAACAAGACGACCUUAAGUAUAGUAAGACUUUUUCAUUUUAAAAGUUUGUCACACACAAUUGUUUCGGACCUGUACAUAGUAGGAACUACAAUAAUAGUUUUUUUUUACUUAACGCGUUUAAUAAUUUAUUAUUAUUUUAUAUUUAAAAACUAUGGCCUUUUAUCAGUUCUAAUUAAAAUGCAUUGAAUUUAAUAAUAUCUGAUUUAACAAUAUGUUUGUACAAGAAAGUACUUAAAUGUUUCUAUAAAUAGUUGCCAACUGAAA